AUGAUUUUUAAUGAGCGUUCAGACUUGCAGACAUAAAACAGAAGCAUGAAGACUUUGGCUGUUAUAAGUUUAACUGCGUUUCUCUGCUGCUGUGGUGUGCAGAGCGCUGAACAGUCGGACUUGGAGGUCUUGGAGGAGCAAAUCCUCAACUCUGGGAUUGUAGUGUUUCUAGACUUUGUGAAAAAAGUCAGAAAUGCUACAGAGAAAUUUAUACAAGAGGAUCAGUUCAAAAAGUCUCGAAUCACUGUCCAAGAACACAUGACCGCUUUAAGAGAGUUUGCAAAAACAAUGAAAAAUCCUGAGAGGCAGGACGGCCCAGAAAUACCAUUAGAGAGAUUUUUUGAAUUCACUGUUGAUUCCUUUGGGCGAAUGACUGGAAAGAUCUUUGACAAUGUCUUAUUUCCGUACUUAAGGAUUUACCGUGAGACAUUUAAAAACGAGACAAUAAAGGACAUCUGGAAAGAAGUGGAUUCAUAUUAUCUUCCAGGAGCUCCACCGAUCUACAGUAAACCCAUGGAGUUCCUUGGUUACCUUCUAGGCAAAGCGGUGGUGAGAUCCCAGAUGGUGAACAUGGUUGAAGCUGGGGUCAACACUCUUGUGGGCAUCGGACAAAUAAAUUUGAACCAACUACACGAUGAAUUGCUGAUCAUUCUUGAUCAGAUUAAAAAUAAAGCCUCUGAAAUAUCCGAAUUAGAAAGGCAAGAGGAGAAGAAUAAGUUUCUUGUAUCAUUAAGAACUCUUUCCAGACUGGUUGUUUUUUACUGGGAUAACAUUUUGGAAUAUACUGAAAAUCCAUUGUUAGAUGCAGUUUAUUUGGAUUCUGUAAAGCAAUGGAACGAACAGAUUCAGCUGAAAAACGCAAGUGAAAAAUAUAAUGUGCUUUUAGACCCGUAUACAAGACAGAGUUUUUUGAAUUGGACUAAGCUGCAUUUAAGUGAGUUCCUUGAUGCUGCGUCUCAGGAAUAUUACCGUCUUGGAAAUGAAGCUCUUGGUUUGGAGAGAUUCAAUAAGUCCAACAGGGCUGUUGUCAAAAUUGCUGUUAUUUACUCUCUUCCUGUUUAUAAAAUGCUGUCUGAAGUUGGCUUUGGCUUUACUGAGAUCAACAGGUUCCUUAACAGAGCACAUCACAUAGCCUAUAUACUUGAAGACAACAAUUACUCUAACGGGAAGACCCUUUUUGAGGAAAUCAUUCGGUUUAGUAUAAAUGUGAUAGGUGAUGUCAUUAAAAAGGAGAAAAGCCGUUAUAAAGAUAAUCAGCUGCUAUUGCCUUUACGAGUUAUUAAGGUAGUGGUCCAGAGUUUGUGGUACUUUUCUCCCUACCGCAGAUAUAGAAAUGAGACUGAAUUGAAGCAAAUAGAAAGUGAAUGGAAUCAUACGAAGAGCAUCAUCAUUAAUGAGUUGAUGAAGAGCGAAGCGUUUACUCGAGAGGAGCUUGAAGAAACACCAAACAACUUCGUUCAAGCCAUUCGUGUGAUCCUGGAGAAACUGAAGCAGCGGACUGACCUGGCUGAAGGCUUUGAUAAAUUGAUUGAUCCAACUAUUAUGGGCUUGAAAAAAUCAAUGCGUGACACAAACAGAAGUUUACGGGAUAUGUGGGAUCUACUGUUGGAAUAAUCUCUGUGAAUGGAAAGCCAGGAUUGCGACCGCAGUCAAUAUGCAGGAUUAUAUCAGCUAUGUAUAAGCAAGAUGCAAGAUGGUGUUUUUGAGAUUGAGAUUCUGAAAGUAUACUAGCAUACUUAGAAAAUGCUGGGAAAAAGCUCACUUUUUAAACAUGCGUUUUCCAUUAUGAUACUUUGUUCUUUCACAACAGCAACCACAAAAACAGUUCACAGAUUAUUCAUGAAAAAUUCUUAGCACAUUAAUAAAUGAAAAUGAAAUGAAAAUA